ACUUUUCCUUCCCGUGAAUGAGAAUUUCCUCCUGUGCACUCAAAACUCUCAUGUGAACUCACAGAAACCUACAAACCACUAAGAUGGAAACACUAUUUUUCAUUAUAAUAACACUGGAGUGCUUUUCUGCAUUAAGUGGGUUUCUGAUCACUCACACUAGUAAGGGUUUAUGUCUGAGCACAGACAGAGAUGUGAUAGUCCUGAAGAGAUGUGAUGUGAAUAAUCUGUUUCAACACUGGAGCUGGACGAACACAAUGAGACUCAAGCAUACACUCAUGUCCAGAUGUCUUUGGGCUGAUCAGAGCAGCUCUGUACCCCGGCACGCUCGCCUGGUCAAACUCAAUGACUGUUAUACUGCACCUGCCUGGAAAUGCUACGACAGUAGUGGGAUCUUUGGGUUAGCAGAGAUGCCAUUGUUCCUGAAAAAACAGGGCGUACGAGUCGUUGUUCGCUAUGAGCAAAGAUAUUCAAACUGGUCAAUGAUCACAGUGGAUUCAGAGGGAAGAUCGAAGAUCACAUCUUUAUGUCCGGACAAAGAUCCACCAAGUGUUACAACAAUCAAAUCCACAGGAGAUAACACUACAUUAACAGUGCCUGUCAUAACUCAUCACAGUGAAGCGAUCAGAAGCAGGACUAAACGCACUGGUACUACAGGUUUAGGUGAACUGAUAACAGUUACUGCUAAGACAGAUCUAAAAGAAAGAUCCACUCAAACCCUUAAAACACAGUCAUCAUAUGAAAUGAGUGAUGUUACAGAAAUGUCCUCCUCUCUUAUGGUUACAAAAACCCAACAUGCACCACAGAAUUUCACCCAAAACAAAAGUCCCCCGACAGUGUCCACCUCAGAUAUUUUGGAGUAUACUCAGGACCCUGUAAUUUCUCAGACCAGAUUAAUACUUUCCACAAUGGAUGCUAAGCCUUCGGUUUCUUCUAAUGUUACAUCUGUAACUCAGACUGCUUUAGAUUCUCAUAAAGAACUGUCUGAAGAUCACAGCAUCAUCACUCAUCUCACAACGACUGAGACUUCAACCAGUAGUUUAACUACAUCAAACACUGAUGGGAUGUGGACAAACGCUUCGACCAACACAUCGGCUUUAACCAAAACCAACAAAGACGUUCAGACUGUGUUGCCAUUUAAAACCACGGGCUCUGUAACGAGAACAACUCGAGCGAUAACUGAAGUUCUUUCUAAUACACCUAAAUCAACUCCAAAAACAGGCACUUAUUCUUCCAAAACUACAGGAAGUGCAACGACAACCCCUACAUCUACACCUGCCACAGAUAUGGACACAUUUACAUCAGUGAUUACCACAGCUACUGUGAGUCCAACCACAAGUCCAACAUUUACAACCACUAUUAUCAGCAGUUCUGCUCCUCUCAGGACAACAACCCCUCCACCAACUACAACUACUUACACAACAACGCUUGAAACCACGACAGAGGCUGUCAGAUGUUUGGUGAAUGUAACCUCAGCUAGUGUUAAUAUGGAUUAUUGUGUGCUGAAUUUAACAACACCUGGAAAAUUUUGCAACUUUAUUGCGAUUGACUCGACUGAUGCUUCUCGAGUAACAAAAUGCGUUCAAGACUUGAUGUUUCCCAACCGUUAUACAUGCCGGAUCAUGGAUUUGAUUCCUGGUGCUUCCUAUUUGUUUGGAAUCAUUUCAGAAUUAGAUGGCACACACUUGAAUAUUACAUUUCAAACCGCUCCUGCUGCUGUCACGGCAUUGACUCUUCAGAGCGAUGGUCAUCAGAACUCUCUCAAAGCCUCGUGGAUUCCUGCUGUUGGAAUCCUGGAAUCCUAUCAGCUCUCGCUGUCCACCUCCAACUCUCCUGAUCGGGAACUAACUCUACUCUCAAACACUUCUCAUUGGGUUUUCAAUGGCUUAACACCUGGAAAGCUUUAUCAAGUGUCCGUGAAGACAAAGAGUGGAGAACUCACAGCUGGGAGCGAGGCUACGGGACGAACAGCACCAGGACAAGUGGAUCACUUAAAGCUGGUGCCUCUUAAUGAGAAGAUCUUAAGGCUGUCCUGGUCUCCUCCUGAAGGCGACUGGGAUUUCUAUCGUAUACUGUUCUUCAACGGCUCCUCUGUGCUAAUGAACCGAACCGUGAGCAAGAAUCUUCUGGAGUUCAGCUUUACUAACUGGACUCUGAUUCCAGGCCGACAGUAUCAAGCUGCUAUCAGUGUUCAAAGUGGAUCGCUCAGCUCAACCAUAAACUGUCAAGGGAGAUUAGCUCCUGGAUCCGUUCAGCAGCUAAAUAUCUAUCACAGUGAGGAGACGUCUCUAAAAGUUGUCUGGGUCCAUCCUGUUGGUGAAUGGGACAACUUCACCGUUCAGCUGAAGGAUGGAGAUUUGAUUAUAGACAGAAGAAUAUUAGAUCAUGACGCAUUGCACUGCAGCUUUAAUAAUCUGACACCUGGACACAGCUAUACGAUCAUAGUGACAACCAAUAGUGGAAAUCUGAAUUACUCGGCCAACGUCACAGGAAAAACCAUCCCAGCUCAGGUGAAACACCUGCAGGUCAGUAAUGAAGGCAGUACAGAUGCUCUGCAGGUGCGCUGGGACAGAGCAGAUGGUGAGGUGGAUCUCUACCACGUUCUUCUCAUUCAUGACAGCGUCGUCAUGAAGAACGAAAGUGUGCAGCCAAACGUCACCUCCUAUCACUUUUAUGGUCUGAGAUCUGGUGCUCUGUACAGGACUGUGGUGAGCACAGCACACAGGGGUGUUCUCUCACGCCAGGCUGUAGCUGACGGACGUACAGUUCCAGCUGCAGUAAGAGACGUGACGGUCAGUAAUAAUGGACGCAUGGACUUUCUGAGCGUGUCCUGGAGAGCUGCUGAAGGAGAUGUUGACAAUUACUCAGUCACCCUAAGAGAUCAGGACAGACUGCUUCGCACUCUCACCGUCAAAAAGUUCACUACUGAAUAUGUUUUCGAUUCUCUGGUGUCUGGACGUCUGUAUAACAUCUCAAUCACCUCACGCAGUGGACUUUGUGAAAACCACACGGUAGUUCAGGAGCGUACACAACCGUCCACAGUGUUGAACCCCACCGCCACACAUAUGGCUCGUGAUGACCAUUUAAAGGUUUACUGGCACCACGCCGCAGGCGAUUUCGAUUACUAUCAUGUCUCUAUCAAGCACAAUAACAUCUUCUGCCAGAAUAAGACAGUAUCCAAGAGCCAAAAUGAAUGUGUUUUCAAUGACCUGGUACCAGGCCGACUCUACACAGUGAUCGUCAGUACAUGGAGUGGAAAAUAUGAAUCCAGUGUCUUAACACAUGGAAGGACAUUGCCAGCAGGAGUGAAAAAUCUGUCACUAGCAGACAGCAGCACAGAAGAUUUGCUGGUGACAUGGGUUUCAGCUCCAGGAGAUGUUGAUCAUUAUGAGGUUCAACUGCUCUAUAAUGACAUGAAAGUGUUUCCACCCAUUACCCUGACCAGCACCUCUAACAGAUACCUGCUUUCAUCACUUACCCCUGGACGACUCUACAAAAUCGUGGUGUCUACUUUCAGUGGACCUAACCUCAGUGUGCAGUUUAUCAAAGGCAGAACGGUUCCCAGUAAGGUGAAAAACAUUCACAUCAGUAAUGAUGGUCAGAGCAGCAGUUUGAGAGUGAACUGGACUCCAGGACAGGGUGACGUGGACCACUACUCUGUGUUGCUGUCUCAGAUGGCUAGUCAAACAGCAGUGGAAAGAUCAGUCCCAAAACAUGUAAAUGAGAUAAGCUUCAACAGUCUGCAGCCGGGACAACUGUACAUCAUUACUGUCACGUCAAUAAGUGGAUCUCUAAUCAAUAACAGCACAGCAACAGGAAGAACUGUUCCUUCCUUGGUGACAGCUUUAAAAGCAGAAAACCUGGGCAGCACAACCAGUAUACUUGUGUCAUGGCAGGCGAGUCGGGGUGUUUAUGACAGCUACCGACUGCAACUUCUGGAUGAGAGUGGGGCUCUAGUGUCCAACAGCUCUCAGAUGGCAGAUAUCAGCCAGCAUUACUUCAGACAGCUGACCCAAGGAAAAAAAUAUACCAUUGUGGUCCAGACCGUCAGUGGAGGAAUCAGCAGCAAAGACGUCAUUGUUGAGGCCCGAACCCGUCCAGAGGCUGUUUAUAAUCUGGCCGUCGUACGCAACACAACUACAAGUCUUUCAUUCCGCUGGCAGCCUCCGGAGGGGGACUUUGAUGGAUAUGACAUUUUUCUGUAUAAUGGAGAUGAAAGCUUGCAUGAUCAGAAGACUGGAAAGGUGAUCAUGCAAGACUGUUUUUUCCAGAACCUCCGACCUGGGACACUCUACAAAGUUACAGUUCAGACCCGCAGUGGAGAUCAGACCAACAACACAUCCAUCUGGGCCCGAACAGUUCCUGCAGCUGUGACGUAUUUGCGUGCUGACAGCAGAAAAAGCUCAGAUAGUCUGUGGUUGAGUUGGAAACAGGCUGUGGGUGAAGUGAGCAGCUACACCCUCCUCCUCUACAACCCUGAUGGGACUCAGCAAGCAGAACAGAAUCUGGGUCCAGACAGCAGAAGUCAUGUAUUUCAAAGUCUGGUUCCUGGAAGACUCUACCAGGCUGUUGUUCUAACACAAAGUGGAGAACUCACCAACAUGGCAACAACCGAAGGCAGAACUGACCCUGAGCCACCAGUCUCAUUCUCCUUUGGAGAGAUCACUAACACCUCGCUGGAAAUCACCUGGAGUGGUCCAGAUAAUACAGAUUUUGAUGACUUUGAUCUUCAGUGGAUCCCCAGGGACCAUCUGUUUGUGUUCAACCCCUACAGCAGCCCCAUGUCUCGCAGUCGAGUCCUAAAGGGGAUGUUUCCAGGCCGUCAGUAUAAUAUCAGUCUGCGCACAGUCAGUGGUGCUGGAACCAGUAACCCUACCUAUAGCCUUGCCAUCUACAGGAGUAUCAGGACAAAGCCAGAGCGUGUCCAGAGUCUUCACUGUCGUCCUCAGAACUCUACGGUCAUUUCCUGUUCCUGGAGUCCUCCAGAGGCCGACUUUGACUCGUACACUAUUGAGUGCUUGAGACAGGAUUCUCACAGGGUGGUGUACUCACAGCGCACAGUCAAAGAGACCACAAUCUAUCAGAUUAAAGAUCUGGAACCACAUAAACAGUACACUGUCUCUGUUAAAGUAAUCUCUGACAGCAUGACCAGUGAGGCUGUCAAGGAAAACGUGGUCACAAUGAUAGACCGUCCACCACUGCCCUUGAUUCGAGUAAAUGAAAACACAGUUCAAAUCACCAAGUCAACCAUUUUCUUCCAGUUUAACUGCAGCUGGUUUAGCGAUAUCAACGGCGCUGUGAAAUUUUUUACCAUCAUCGUUACUGAAUCUGAUGACAGUGAAAACGAGCAGCCUUACCAGCAUCAUCCACUUCCUUCAUACCUGGACUACAAAGUUAACAGUUCUGUCAAAACUUACCAGACCAAUUACUUCACCAGCCACUGUGAUGAGAGUCAAGGCCAGAUGCAGGAGUUUGAGAUUUAUCUAGGAUCUGGCAUGGAGAGUCUUGGAGGACGAUGUGAUGGAAAACCAUUAAAUGAUGCGACUCAGGAUCAGAUCUUCUGUGAUGGACCACUGAAACCCAAGACCUCAUACAGAAUCAGUGUUCGAGCAUUUACUAAACUCUUUGAUGAGAAACUUGAGGAGUUUCUCUCACCGCUCUUCACUGACACAUACCUAUCCAUGCCCUUUACGACAGAUGCAGAGCCGUUGAGUGGGGUCGUUGAGGGCGUCAGCGCUGGCCUCUUCCUCAUUGCCACAAUGGUGGGAUUAAUUGUCCUGCUGAUCUGCAGACAGAAAGCACAUAAAAUCAGCACACAUGAACCUGUGGUCAGAAUGAGUCUCAGAAGAGAACGACCAGCUGCAGGAACACAAAUCAUUGUUAGAGGCAACCGUCGUGUCUCAAGCCCCAUCGAUAUUUCAAAUUUUGAGGCCCAUUUGGCUAAACUACGAGCAGACUCCAGCUACCUUCUUUCUGAGGAAUAUGAGGACCUAAAGGAUGUUGGGCGUAACCAGCCACAAGACUCCGCAUUACUGCCUGAAAAUAGAGGGAAAAAUCGUUACAACAAUAUUCUGCCCUACGAUUCCACUCGAGUAAAGUUGUCAUAUGUUGAUGAAGACUCCUGCUCAGACUAUGUUAAUGCCAGCUAUAUUCCAGGCAAUAACUUCAGACGGGAGUAUAUAGCAACUCAAGGUCCUUUGCCUGGCACUAAGGAUGAUUUCUGGAAGAUGGUCUGGGAACAGAACGUGCACAACAUAGUGAUGCUGACACAAUGUGUUGAGAAAGGAAGGGUGAAGUGUGACUACUACUGGCCGUUUGACCAGGAACCGCUAUACUAUGGAGAUUUGAUAGUGCAGAUGCAGUCGGAAUCAGUGUUGCCGGAGUGGACAAUCCGAGAAUUCAAGAUCUGUAAUGAGGAACGUCUGAGCUAUUCAAGAGUCGUACGUCAGUUCCACUAUACAGUGUGGCCUGAUCAUGGUGUCCCAGAGAUCACACAGUCACUCAUUCAGUUUGUCAGAACUGUGAGGGAUUAUGUCAACCGAACACCUUUCUCUGGAGCCACUGUAGUGCACUGCAGUGCUGGAGUGGGCCGGACAGGGACUUUCAUUGCUCUCGAUAGGAUCCUUCAACAGCUGGACACGAGGGACACGGUGGAUAUCUAUAGUGUCGUCUUUGAUCUGAGACUUCAUCGCACACAUAUGGUGCAGACAGAGUGCCAGUACACAUACCUCUAUCAGUGUGUUCGGGAUGUGCUGCGUGCAAGAAAACUGCGCAGUGAACAGGAAAAUCUUUUGUAUCCCAUCUAUGAAAAUGUGCAUUCAGAUCUUCAUAGAGAUGUGGUGCCCUCCAAACGCUAAUGUGCUGAUGUGUAAAGAAGAGGCCAAAAACUUCAAUAUGUCAAAAAAUUAGAAAAAUAAAUCGAAGGUAAUAUGCUAUAUGUAUAACUAGAUGUUUAUCUAUACAGAAUUGUAUGAUGUAUAUAUGUUAGUUAUUCAACAUUAUUUCAGACUCUGUUAAGAAUGUUGUGCACUACUUAUUAAAUGAUUUAGACUUAUUUUAUAUUAAUAAAAUUGUACCUAAAAAAAUUAUGUUGUAUUUUUAUAAAUCAAGCAGAUUAAAUAUUUUACACAGUGUUGUCACUAUAACACAGUUUUUAUGGCUUCACACUUCAAUUUUGUUUUUGUAGAGCUCUUCACAAUUUUUCAUUAUUGCAAAUAAGCUAUACAGGAAAAAAGGCUAGAUUUUAGCACAAAACACAGUUACAUAUAAAAGUGACAUAUGAAAAAUAUAUUUAUAAUUACAAUAAUUCUUUGAGUUUGCAAAAUAUGCAGACUUGGCAACUUUGUAGCUGUAAAUACAGUACUCUCUAAAGAGCUUUCGCUAUAAUCCUCUGCAACCAAAUGGGGGCGACAAUUCCUAAAAUACUAGAAAUGUUUGUGUCACAGUUAUUUGUUCAUGCAUGUUCAACAGAGGCGGACACUACUUGAGUAAUUUAAGUACAUUUUCCAAGCAUCUGUGUGUGUUUGUCUUGGGAAAAAUUUACUUUACUAAAAAAUGUUCACUACAUUCCAAAGCAUAGAAUCACACUGUGUAUUCCUUUAAUAUUGCAUAUUAAAAU